AAUAUGGAUAAUAAUGUUAUAUUAAUUCACUUUUAAUCGCAACUAAAAGUGUUUUAUUAAUUAGUGAAUCGUUUGUCCCAAAGGAUUGUCUCCACAAUGAGUUGGAAUCCAUUGAAGAAGUUAUCAAAGAGUCAAUCGAUGGUCGGUUCCCAACAAGUGAUGAACAUUAACGACAACAUCGAGACAAACAUUUCGGCACUCAAUCAGGCUGAAGUGACGACAAAGAAGUUAUACAAAGAGUGCAAACGACUCAACGAUUGCAUACUAUCUGUGAAUCGGUUUGAAAGCAAAAUGACAACCGAUUUAUCCAAUUCUGUGUUAUGUCAAGAAGACUCACAACUACGACAAGUGGUCGAAGAGUGGCACACAUUCACCAUUGAAUCGAUUAAAAAUGGCGAAGAGUUGGCCACUAUUAUGAGGAAGACAGUGAUAGAGCCCCUGAAGACAUGGCAAAUGGCAUUCAUUGAGAUGAGAGCCGCCAUUAAAAAGUACGAACAAAUGAGAUGUGAUUUACAGAAAUUGAAUCAAAAGAAACAAAAAUAUACCGAAAAGGAGAAGACUUCGCAGAAUAUCGUAAAGUUAAUGAAUAUCACAGAAAAGUUGUCAAACACUCAACAGGACUACAACAUUGAGACACAAGUCCUCAACAGAGAUAUCCCUCUAUUCAUCGAGAGUCGCGUCGAUUACUUUCAGCCAUCGUUGGCAGCGCUUAUCAGAUCCGAAACUCAGUACUGGGGCUCAAAUGUGACCUCUUUUAAGGAACACAACUCAAUGAUUAACGAUAAGAAUGACUUCACAACAGCUGACUAUUGCAAAAGACAAUCACAACGUUUGGACCAAAUUAAUAAACUUUCCAUUGUUUCUAAUGAUUAGACACAAGACUUUGAGUUCAACGGAAUGUCAUUUGUUUAACAAAUUGUAAAUUUUAUAAAAUAUUUUCAUUAGAAAUUCGCAUCUAAAAAGUCAUUGAAUAUACACUUAUAUCAAAC